AAAAACAGGUACUACUCGCCUGUGACCACUGCAAGAAAUCCGAACGAGACUGCGCACCAAAAGUGGCCGGUCUUUCUUCAGCACCACAUGUGUGGAUCAGUUUCGGUCUAAAACACCUGAACAAUUCAAAAAAAAUGCGAGUGUAAAUCGGGAAAAAUGGCGAGUUUUCGGGAUUUGCAAAUGGACUGGGCGACGCUCUGCCAAGAUUGCACCGAGUGUUGGACCUCUGAAGACCUACAACUAGCGGCCGAAUUAGGAAAAACACUUCUAGAACGGAAUAAGGAAUUAGAAACUGCCCUCAAACAACACCAGAAUGUUAUCGAAGAUCAGGCACAAGAAAUUGAAUAUCUUACGAAACAGACAGUUGCACUUCGUGAAGUCAGCGAUUCCAGACUGAGGAUCUAUGAGCAAUUAGAAGUGAGUAUCCAAGAUCUGGAACGAGCCAAUCAUCGCCUAGUCCUUGAAAAUUCCGCCGGGAAGAAACACAUAAAAACCCUAACAACAAACAUCGAGAGUCUCGAAUCUCGAUGUGAGGAACUCCAAACUACUAUCGAUGAUUUAAGACUGCAAGUGGACGCGUUGAAGAGGAGGGCACAGAAACCCGUAGAAGUCAAAAGUACACCUCCUACCACUAUCACACUACGACAUGUCGAAAAAUACGACGAGGAUACGACACCGACGAGUCCCGAACCGAAAACGCACACAAUAGAAACACAGUGCGUGAAAAACUCAACCCCGAUCAAGACUGAACCCCCACAAGUCAAUAAUGAAGAGAAGGAAAAAGACGACAACAUGGAGCAAAUCUCGCAGCUUAUGGCACAACUUAGGGAGACCAAGACUCAGGCUAGUAGAGACCAGAGGAGGAUCACCGAGCUAGAAGAACAGUUGGCAACAAUGAUCCAGCAAAAUCAGGCACUGGAGAACCAAGUCAUACAGUUGCACCAUCGAGACGACGACAUGAAGAGCAUGUACGAUGAGCUCAGCACUCUUGAAGAAGUCAGGAAGGGUCAGAUGUGCAGCCGAUGCCUUCGUAACAUUGACCGGGGCAGCGACGUGCCUGAAGACGACGAUUCCAGCAUCCUCGACAAUCUCAUGAACUCUCCCCAACACCACCGUUCUUCCUUCUCUCUGGAUGUACAGGAGCACGUAAGGACUCCUUCCGACAAAGAAACCGGCAAUUUGUACAAAGACUUAGUCGAAAAAUACGAAGCCCUCCUUGAAGUCCACCGCCAACCUCACCGCCAAGCCAAACGAAACAAUGGCGUAUCGUUGCAAGAAGAGCUCCAAAUGUCGGGCGACUUCAGUGUGGCCACUACAAAAGAUACGGAUGAGGAGAGCGGUCUUGAUAGUCUCAAACAAGUCCAUCCGAAAGCAAGGAUGACGAUUUCGCACACACCGACCGACUUCUCCGAAGCCGAAACAAGCAGUUCGGGCUUCUCCGACGAAACGAGUAACAAAUACACCCAAACUGAAGAUCGGCAAGGUGCGUUCCUCUGCACGAUCGCCGACGGUGAAGACAGAUUUAGCAUCUACAACGACGCUAGCCCCAUUUCCAGUCGGUUCAAGAACCAACCGGAAUACCAAGAACUCUUUAAAGAGAUCUUCACAGUUCUAAAGAAAACUGCCGAAACGAAAACCGAAAUUCCAAAAGUCGAAGAGAUCACUUCUCCGAGAGCGCUUCCAGAGGAAGAGUCGCAAAUCACGGAACUUGACGAUGACUCUCAGAGUGUCGUCUCGUCGACAAUGUCCGAAUUGUCGAUGUCCCAGAACGAGCCAACUACGAUCAUCGAGAAUAUAAUCCAAGCUCAGAAUCAGCCAAUCCCGGACGCGGAAGUCCAGGAGAAGCCCGAACAAGUGUUGAAACCUUUAGUGCGCCAGCCUUUGGAAUACCUGUCUGUGGAAGUCCGAAAGCGGUCGUCGAGUCGUCGCAAGAACAAAUUCGCCGAAAGGUCCGACUCACCGGUUACUCAUAUUAUCGGAAGUCCGAAAAUCAGUUAUUCGAGUCGGCCUUCGUCAGGACGAAAGCGACGCGAUUUCAAGAAUGUGCCAGAGAAUGAUACCACCUGGAACGGUAAUUCUAUACAGUUUUGGUCAUCCAAUCGCAACAUUGCGUCACCUACACCGAGUCAAGGCAGUGGCAAGUUCGAGUUUCGACCGAGUUUGGCUUCACAAGAGUUGCACAAAUUGAAAAAAUUGGAUCUGUCGUAUGCGGAAGUCGUUAGGAAGGCUGAUAGUAAGAAACAAGUCGCCAGGCAAAGGAGGAAAUAAUCGCAUUGAUGUAUAUUGUUUAUCCUAUUAUUUGUAAAUAUUCAUUUAUGUACGUCUUUUUAAUUUUGAUGCGUCUGUUUCAGUAUUUUACGUAUGGUUUGUUCGAGAGCAAACUUUUGUGCCAAUCAUAAAAUUUUAAAUUUAUACAAUGUAAUCACAAAAAUGUAUCUAGUAGCAUCUAAUUUAAUAACGGAAGUUUACAUUCCAAGUUACUUAUAGGUUUCGGACUUAGGCGUAGCUUUUUACUCAUAAAUAGGAACGGAAUCAUCUACAUUUGUGAUUAUAUUACUAUAUUUGAAAUAAAAAGUAUCAAUCAA